AUGCUUCCUUCCGAUGCCCAUCUUCCACAGGUCCAGUCUUUCAAUCUCAAUGACGACUGUCUGGAAGCCGUCUUCAAGUAUUGUGGUGGUUGCCCCUGGAUUCUGUGUCAAUUGAGUCAAGUGAAUCGCAAAUGGCACGAGAUUGCUAGACGUCCUUCCGUGUGGCGAUACCUUGUGCUCGAUAAAUGGAGCUUAUAUAUCUACUAUAAGCGCCUCUUAGUCUCGCCUCACUGGCACCAGCAAAUCCUUGCAGUGGAUACAUUGGUUAUUCGCAAAUCCUAUGAAACGAGACAUGGUCAUCUGUCCGCACUUCCUUUACAGCGUAUUGCCAAGUUGAGCCGCCUUGUGACGAAGAAUUUGUGCCUGUACGAGAUCCUGAGGAUUUUGAAACAAUUGGGCGGUUGCCAACGUCUUCGUGCCCUGGAUUGGACCAAUAUAGAGACAUGGUGCCACAGCCAACAAUUCACAUUUGAUCUAUUCAAUGACUUUGAUCAACUCCAACAUUUACGUAUACGCUUUCAAAAGGAUGGAGCCAAUGGAUUUGCCCCUUUCUGUGCACGCACAUCUAUUCCACGGACUUUACCCGCCAACUUAUCCGAUCUAUGUAUUACUUGUGUCCGCGAUCUCGAACACGUAGAACAACGAAGUAUAUUGGAGAGUUUAGACAGUUUAUAUCUUCGACUCAACGAAAUAUACAACGAUGACGAUAUGGACGAUUUCAGACAACGGGAGCGGGACCUCAUCGCACGGUGGCAAGACAUCGAACAAGCGCUGCUUAUCAAAUACAGCUAUGCGGCCUCCUUGCCGGCAUUGCAACAUUUCGAAAUAGGGUUCUGUUACGCAUGGACCGCGGCUGUCUGGCGCCAGGUCUUGCUUACAAUGGCCCAGAAUACAUCCAUUUUCCAUCUCGGGCUCUAUGGUUGGGACCAGCUAAUGCGCUUACAAGGAACAGCACUCCGAUGCAGUGAGAUGGAACAGAUAAGAAUCGAGGCGGAGCAAUCUAUAGCCGAAUGUUUUCUCGAAAUGGCCCCACGCUUGAGAUAUCUGGAAUUAAUCGAUUUCUCUAUCGGGCUCGGCCUACUCCAAACCGCACAUCACUUGACAGCUCUGCAACAUGUCCACAUACGUUAUUCAUCGUCUUUCAAAAAGAAUCUUCGCGAUUCCAAUGACCCAUAUCCCAUCACGGGACCACUGAUCGAUUUUAUUACUAUCCUAUUUUGCAAGAACGAAAACGCCUCUAUACGCGAACAGCGUCGAAAUUGCUCCAUUAUCAUCACCGUGGAUGGAGAAUUGCAGAACAACUGGGAAAAUGACUCAUGCUUCUUUCCAAAAUCGUUGUUGGGAACAAUACGAUCCGCAAUUGACGAUACUGUUGUCCUUAAAUUCAAUGUGAUCUAA